AUGGCGGCCGAGGUGCGGGCUGUUCUGAAGAACCGCUUUCCGAAAAUCGACGAAGAACUCUAUGAGUACCUAACAGGCGUUCUCACCGCUGACGAUUUCGAAUCCGUGGAAGAAAUUCAAGAUGCGGUCGGAGAGAUGCUCGUCGAGGUCUCUGGAAAUCAGAUGGAUCCGAAGGAGCUCGAAAUGCUGUGCUCACAAAUAAUUCGAUUUUUCAGUUUGGGAACUGAUCUCCCGAAUGGCCUCCAUAAACUGCAGCAGCUCAACACUCCAGUCCUCAUGGGGACGAUGGGGGCACCUCAGCAAGAUCAAGAAGAAGUGUCUUCAAUAUGGCUAGCUCAGAAGCAAAGCAGCUCGACCGUGGAUCAGAGGAAGCUGGAGAAGGCAGAAGCGAAAAUUCGCGCGAAGCAAGAGCGCCGCGAGGGUAUAGAGGCUCCGAGUGGGUUCCAAGGCGCAACUCUCCAGACAAACAAGGAAGCAACUGCCACGCAAGCCCUCUCUCGCCGAGGACAGACGUCCGAAGCGAGUUCCAAAUCUAGGGAUAUCCGAAUCGAGAACUUCGACAUAAGCAUCGGCGAUAAGAAUUUGCUACUCAACGCGACUCUGUCGCUGAGUUUCGGGAGACGUUAUGGUGUCGUUGGUCGCAAUGGAAUAGGGAAAUCCACUCUCUUGAGGAUGAUAUCGGCGCGUCAACUUUGUCUGCCGGCGCACGUGACCGUCCUGCACGUGGAGCAAGAGGUCGUCGGCGAUGAAACCUCUGCGCUGGAAAGUGUCCUUGAAUGUGAUGAAGAACGGGACACGCUCAUGAAGGAGGAACAGACCUUGACGAAAUCGGGAGCGAACGACGCACGACUUGCUGAAAUAUACGCUCGUCUCCAUGAGAUAGAGGCAGAGUCAGCACCGGCUCGCGCGUCUGUCAUUCUGGCUGGUUUGGGGUUCACCCCGGACAUGCAGAGAAAGGCGACGAAGGAAUUCUCCGGAGGCUGGAGGAUGCGAAUCGCCUUAGCCCGAGCCUUGUUUACAAAACCUGACCUGUUGCUCCUCGACGAGCCGACGAACAUGUUGGACAUGAAAGCCAUAAUUUGGCUCGAGAACUAUCUAAAGGGCUGGGAGUCGACGUUACUCGUGGUGUCUCACGACCGACAGUUCCUUGACGAGGUGCCGACUGACAUAUAUCACUUCUAUUCACAACGCCUGGAGCCCUACCGAGGAAACUACACGGACUUCAUCAAAACCAUGAACGAUCGUCUCACGAGUCAACAACGAGAAUACGAGGCACAAUUGGCGUAUCGAAAGCAGGCCCAGCUUUUCAUCGAUAAGUUCAGAUACAACGCCAAGCGAGCAUCUCUCGUUCAAAGUAGAAUUAAGGCCCUCGAAAAAUUGCCCGAGCUGAAACCUGUCGAACGCGAGCAGGUCGUCACACUGAAGUUCCCGGAGCCCGAAGCUCUGUUCCCACCUGUGCUACAAUUGGAUAGCGUAACUUUCGCCUAUGACAAAUCGGCCACUAUUCUCCAAAACGUGGACUUGUCGGCAAACAUGCAGAGUCGAAUCUGCAUUGUUGGAGACAACGGUGCUGGAAAAACGACCCUGCUGAAGUUAGUCAACGGUGAUCUCGAACCAACAAAGGGAAUACGGAUGGCCCACCGCAAUUUGGUCAUCGGAUACUUCAGUCAACAUCACGUCGACGCUCUUGAACUCGAAGUUUCUCCUGUAGAGCUUCUCGCCAAGAGAUUCCCUGGAAAACCUUCCGAGAGUUACAGAACUCAACUCGGUCAGUUCGGCAUAUCCGGCGAAAUGGCUCUGCAACCGAUAGCGUCAUUGUCAGGAGGUCAGAAAAGUCGGGUCGCUUUCGGCGUCAUCGCCAUGACUGUUCCCCAUCUAUUGGUUCUCGACGAGCCGACGAAUCAUCUCGAUAUCGAGACCGUGGACGCUCUCGGAAAAUGUCUGCAGACCUUCAAGGGCGGCGUGAUACUCGUCAGUCACGAUGAGCGUCUCGUGAAAACAGUCUGCAAAGAGCUCUGGGUCUGCGCAAAGGGAACGGUCCGUAGCGUCGAGGGUGGAUUCGACGAAUACAGGAAGAUGGUUGAGCGAGAAUUGGCCGAGCAGUGAUAAGUCCGUGAUCAGCCAGAAAAUCUGUGCAAUGCGGAGAUUCAUGGAAUCGGACUCGAAUGGGACGAUAAUUGUCAGUCGGUGACCGGACGGAGGUCGAAGGGAAUCUGGAACUCAUAAGCCGCGCUGCUGUCAGCUUCGGAGUUCAGAAUCCUAGAGAUAGGGAAUUUAUACCUUGUGAUGUUACAAUUUUCGAAUAGUUCAAUCCGCUCAACCCUGCCAGCGAAUCAUCGUUGGGUUAUCCGCUGUUGUCGUGGGGAGUGAGCGAAACAUGUCUUGUUCGGCGCACAGGGACAUCAUCCUACCAGGAUAUGAUGAAUAUUCACUAUUCCGGACGGAGUUGAUAGAAAACUAGAAAAUUGGGAUAAUAUUAUAUUUUUGCCGUUUCUACGGAAAUGCUCUGCCUCUCGCCGGGUCGCGCCUAGAGCUCUCAUGGGUGCGUUGAGGGUUUCAAUGAGUGGAAAGUCUCGAAAAAAAUACAAGACAUAUUUUGGAAA